CUGCUUCUGGGAACUGGAUUUGGGAAAGAGGGUUAUCUGCAGCUGAUAAGGGCCAUAUUUAAAAGGCUGGGUUAGGAUGAGACUACUUUACUUCACACCGCCAACUGAGGCAGAAGCAACACAGAACUUACACAGGAUUUGUCGAAUCAUGCUACUGCUCAUGUUCACUGCCAAUAUGUUUUUUGCUGUUGGAGUUGUUUCCAUGCCCGUAUCGGACCAUGGGCCCCACAUUGCCCACGGCUGGGGCCAGGUGGUCCGGCUCAGGCACCUGUACGCCGCCAGACCGGGACUGCACCUACUGAUUAGUGGAGAUGGACAGAUCUAUGGCUCUGCGGACCAGACUCUACACAGCCUGCUGGAGAUCCGUCCAGUGGAUCCAGGCUGUGUUGUCAUCAAAGGAGUAGCAACAGCACGGUUUCUCUGCAUGGAAGGCGAUGGAAAACUGUACUCAUCGCACACCUACAGCAGAGACGACUGCACCUUCAGAGAGCAGAUCAUGCCGGACGGGUACAACAUCUACGUGUCUGACAGACACGAAGCCCUGCUCAGUCUGGGAAACCACCGGCAGAGACUGCAGGGUCGAGACCGAGAUGUCCCGGCUCUUGCCCAGUUCCUCCCCAGGAUCAGCACCCUGGAAAAGGCCUUGUCCCUUGGACUUGACGUCCCUCACCAGGUGGGACAGAGCAUAGCCCAAACAGAAGAACCAGUGGACACGAUGGACUCGUUCGGGAAGCUGUCUCAGAUCAUUCACAGUCCCAGCUUCCACAAGAGAUGAGACAUCAGCUCUGCGACACCUCUAAAUGGAUGUUGUCCUAGGUGUCCUGCUUUGUCUGGGGCCUGACCGGGCACUCCCCUCUGCAUGUUGCAGAACUCGGGACUGACUGCAUAUCCAGCCAGCCUGCUCCCGCACUGGCUGCUGCUACAUCCUGUCAGUCUGUCCAGUCAGACAUGACCAAACAGAAUAUAAGAGCAGUGUCCUACCGAGUGGAGAAUGACACCGAGACUGGCCCCUGAUCAUAAUGUUCCAUCCUGUCAGUUUCAGAGACACCUUUUACAUUUACAGGACUGACAAACCACCCAGGGGGUGCUCAGUCUUCCUCCCCCCAAAAGGUCUCUGGCAUACAGAGAGGGCUGUGUUUCACAUUCUGGUUUGUUGGAAUCAAGAGAAGGUGACAUGACCAGUAACCAGCAGCAGAUGAACAAAAAGCAGCACCUACAGAAACUGGAAAAAGGAAAAGAAUCGCACACUAGUAGUCACUGAUAGUAGGAGGUGCAGCGCCACAUGAAGGAGCGCCAAAUAUGUCAUCAGGAAUUCUGCUUAUUAUCAAUGUAUGAUUCCUCAGUGAACUGAGGAAGAGGGGAACGAUCCUCGUCUCGCCUGUAGACCAGGAUCAGGAUGUUGGUCAAAUUAACUGCGAUAGGAUAAUAAGUAAAAACUUUUCAACACCUGACAAAAAGUGUUAUCUUCUUGUAGUAGUACAGUUGUUGUAUUUUUGUGGUUAUUUAAAUCUCGAGCACUUUGAAUUUGAAUACCUUUUAUGUUUUACUGAAUGCACCUAUGCAUGAAAUGUAUGUGUGGAUGUUUCCCGCUAAACCAGCUGUUUGCACUGUUUAAUUUCAUAUAAAAUGUUGAAGAUAUGCAUAAUAAAGCAUUCCAAGCAGGG